ACCUGGGUUCGUCGCCAUGGGCGACUGGACGUAUCUGUCUUCGCUGCUGGACCGGGUCCAGUCCCACUCCACCGUGGUGGGGAAGAUCUGGAUGAGCGUCCUCUUCCUUUUCCGGAUCUUCGUGUUGGGCGCGGCCGCCGACAACGUGUGGAGCGACGAGGUGUCCGAGUUCUACUGCGACUCGCUAGAACCGGGCUGCCAGCACGCCUGCUACGACUGGAGGUUCCCCAUAUCCUACGUCCACUACUGGGUCCUGCACAUCACCUUUGUCUCCACGCCCACCCUGCUCUACCUGGGCCACGCGCUGCACGUCAUCCACAAAGAGAACCGGCUGAAGGACCAGUUGAAGGGGGAAGUGAAGAGACCAAGGUAUACGAACGAUAGGGGGAAGCUGAGGAUAAAGGGAAUCCUCUUCUGCACCUACAUGACUCAGCUAAUUUUCAAGAUCCUGCUGGAGGUGGGAUUCUGCGUGGGUCAGUUCUUCAUCUUCGGCUCCUUUUUCAUGGUCUCCUUCUUCCACUGUACGUCUUCCCCUUGCGCCCGCCUGAGCGGGGCCCAGUGCUACGUUUCCCGCCCCACCGAGAAGACCUUCUUCGUCUUUUUCAUGCUGGCCGUUUCGGGCCUUUCGGUGCUCCUCAACGUCGUCGAGAUCGUCUACCUGCUCUGCCAGAAGAGGAGGAGCGCCAGGAAGAGGCUCCUAGGUCAACAGCGGGCGCUCAGUUCCCGGGAAUACCCGGCCAACCCGGGCUGGGGGGGAACCAGCAGUCCGUACGGAGGCUAUCCCCUACUGCCCAUACCGGUCCAGGCCUACUCUACGGCCGGGGGGAAGGUCUGGUUGUCAGUCCUCUUCAUCUUUAGGAUCCUGGUGCUGGGGACCGCGGUGGAAUCGGCCUGGGGGGACGAGCAGUCCGCUUUUAAAUGCAACACCCAGCAGCCGGGCUGCGAGAACGUGUGCUACGACAAGUCCUUCCCCAUUUCCCACGUCCGCUUCUGGGUGCUCCAGAUCAUCUUCGUCUCCACGCCCACCCUCCUGUACCUGGCUCACGUCUUCUACCUGAACCGGAAGGAGCAGAAGUUCAACAGGAAGGAGGAGGAGCUCAAAGCCGUGCAGAACGAUGGAGGAGACGUGGACAUCCCGCUCAAGAAGAUCGAGAUGAAGAAGCUCAAGUACGGCAUCGAGGAGCACGGCAAAGUCAAGAUGAAGGGAGCGCUCCUCAGAACCUACAUCGUCAGCAUCUUUUUCAAGUCCCUUUUCGAGGUGGGCUUCCUGGUGAUCCAGUGGUACAUUUACGGCUUCAGGCUGGCGGCGGUCUACACCUGUGAGAGGUCCCCCUGCCCGCACCGGGUGGACUGUUUCCUGUCCCGGCCCACGGAGAAGACCGUCUUCAUCAUCUUCAUGCUGGUGGUCUCGCUGGUGUCCCUGUUGCUCAACGUCAUUGAGCUGUUCUACGUGUUCUUCAAGAGGAUCAAGGACCGCGUGAAGGGGAAGCAGCAGCCCACCCUGUACCCCAGCGCCGGGACUCUGAACCAGACCGCUAAGGACCUGUCGGCCGCCAAGUACGCCUACUACAACGGCUGCUCGUCCCCGACCGCCCCGCUGUCCCCCAUGUCCCCGCCGGGGUACAAGCUGGCCACGGGGGAGCGGGGCACCGGCUCGUGCCGUAACUACAACAGGCAGGCCACCGAGCAGAACUGGGCCAACUACUCCGCGGAGCAGAACCGGCUCGGCCAGACUGCCGGCGGCGUCGGCGGCGGCGGAAGCACCAUCUCCAACUCGCACGCGCAGGCCUUCGACUUUCCCGACGACACCCAGGAGCAUAAGAAACUGUCCUCCUCGGCCGGGCACGAACUUCAGCCCCUGGCCCUGCUGGACCCCCGGCCCUGCAGCAGGGCGUCCAGCCGGAUGAGCAGCAGGCCCCGGCCGGACGACCUGGACGUG